UUCAAACUCCUACAUGUUUCUACGCAUAGAUACACUAGUUAUUUGUAUGGGUAUGUCGACGUUGUCGUCUCAACACAAAAAAAAAACUAAAACCACAGGAAUUAUUUAACGCACCCACCUCCGCGUCGGACAUGUACUCGAAAAACUGACAUGGCAAAAGUUUGCAGGGAAGAAGCAGGUGCAAAGGACGGACGAAAAGCCGGAAACCGUUCCUGUGAGCAAAGGCAUCUCCGAAGAGACGAAAGAAAACCGGCCCCUGGUUACGAAAGAGACUGCACAAGUAAAGCACCUCAGAGUGUUCGCCCAAGUCCACCUAGUUCAAAAAAGGCCAUAUUGCCUCUGAGGGACACCUCCGGCAUGCUCAUUCAAGAUGGAGGUGACGCGGAUGUCAAUCACACAGCUAAGCUCGACAAAGACACCUCGAAUAAGACUCCGACAGAGCUGUGUGAAGCCAAAGUCGCCUCUCAACCGCAGCAAAAGCAAACGACGACGAACGCGAGUCUGGCAGACAACAGCAAAGUUCCAGCAGCUAAACCCCGAAGUCGGAAUCCUCGCAAGGGCAAAGGGAAAAAGACAGAGAAUAACGCUUCCCAAAACAGAAAGGUCACAGACUUCUUCCCUAUCAGGAGGAGUAAGAGGAAAACUAAAGCAGAGUUGAAGAAUGAAGAGCACAAGCAUUUGGAUGAUUUGAUUAAGAACGGUGUUGAAGAAGGAAUGCAGGUGAGGGUGAUCGAGGGCAAAGGGCGUGGCGUGUUUGCCGAGCGGCGAUUUAAGAAGGGCGACUUUGUGGUGGAGUACCACGGCGACUUGCUGGAGCUGGCUGAGGCCAAGCUGCGAGAGGCCCGCUACUCCCAAGACCCCCAGACGGGCUGCUACAUGUACUACUUCCAGUACCAGGCUAAGACCUACUGCGUGGACGCCACGCGCGAGACGAAGCGCUUGGGGCGGCUGAUCAACCACAGCAAGGUCGGCAACUGCCAAACCAAGUUGCACGCCAUUGACGGCUCGCCUCACCUCAUCUUGUUGGCGGCCAGAGACAUUGAGGCGGACGAGGAGCUGCUGUACGACUACGGCGACCGCAGUCAGGAGGCCAUCUCGGCUCAUCCGUGGCUCAAGCAUUAAAACGCACACACACACCACCGUUGUCUCGAAACUCGUCGGUGCCACACGGAUGCUACGGAUGACUCGUCCUUUUUUAUUUUUAAAGGAGGUACAAAAAUGAUUUUAAACUAACAUGCUUCUUUUUUUUUUUUAAACAAUUUUAAUCAUGCUUUUUACUUUUCUCUGCUGUAAAGGAGCAAAUGUUACAUAUUGUCUACUGUCGUGAUAUUUUCCAUUCAUGUAAAUUAUGAGCUAAGCUGUGCUCAAUAAAAGACACAAUGAGCUGAGAAAUGCAUUUAAGGAAUAAAUGGUUCAAAGUGUCAUGAGGAGAUGAAUGAUUUGCUUUGUAGCUCCUCGGAGCAGGAAUCAAAUUUUCCACCAUCACAAACAUUACUGGGCAUUAAAAUGUCAUUUUGUAAGAAAUUCAGUUACGAUAUCAUUCAAGUGAAAAGCACUAGACUGGACGAUUCAUUAGGUACUCAAAGGAAGUGCAUCACAAGAUGUGGCCAGUGUGGUUUGAGCUUGAUGUGUUUUUGUAAACUUCAGAUACUUUAGUUUUUGUUGAUGAAGACGUUAAGCAUAAUUAACACAUUUUGUUCAAUUGGAACUAUUUCAAUAAACCUACUAUGCGUG